AUAACAGUAACACAAAUAUCUCAGCAUCAUGGAUGUAGAUCUCCCAAACAGCACUUUUGCCAACACGACCCAUUUCCAGGCUGCUCCCCACAGCCUUUGGGAGGUUAUAGCCAUCGCUACAGUGUCAGCCAUUGUCAGCUUGAUAACCAUUGUUGGUAACGUUCUGGUGUUGCUGUCCUUCAAAGUCAAUAGCCAGCUGAAGACUGUAAACAACUACUACCUGCUCAGUUUGGCCUUCGCUGACCUCAUCAUAGGAGUGCUGUCCAUGAACUUAUACACCACAUACAUCCUGAUGGGUUACUGGUCUUUGGGAAACCUGGCAUGUGACCUCUGGCUGGCCGUGGAUUAUGUAGCCAGCAAUGCUUCAGUUAUGAACUUACUCGUCAUUAGCUUUGACAGGUACUUCUCCAUCACAAGGCCGCUGACAUACAGGGCCAAAAGGACUCCUAAGAGAGCCGCCAUCAUGAUCGGCCUGGCCUGGCUCGUGUCGUUCGUCCUCUGGGCGCCACCAAUCCUCUGCUGGCAGUACUUUGUUGGAGAGAGAAAAGUGCCCCCUGACCAGUGCCAGAUCCAGUUUCUAACAGAGCCGGUGAUCACAUUUGGGACUGCCAUUGCUGCUUUCUACAUCCCUGUCUCUGUCAUGACAAUCCUUUACUGUCGGAUCUACAAGGAGACGCAGAAACGGACCAAAGAUCUGGCAGAGCUGCAAGGACUGGCCACAGAAAAUGUUCCAGAGGGGAUAAAACCACAGAAAACAAUCAUUCAUUCAUGCUUUCAUUUCAACAGAGAGAGAAAGGAGCGGAGUCAGGCCUCCUGGUCCUCAUCUAACCAAAGUAAUGUCACUAAAACUACAACUAGAUCUGAUGAGGGGUGGGUGAAAGCAGAUCAGAUCACCUCCUUUAACAGCUACACCUCUUCUGAUGAGGAGGAGCAGCACGUGUCAAUAGAAACCCCACAGGGAUCUUUCAAAGAUCAAGCUAGUGGACAGAGUAAUAAGAAUGGGCAGGUGACUGAUUACACAGAAGAUCAGUAUUUUUCAACUCCUCAAAAAAAGAACAGCAAAAAGCACAUUUCCUAUAAGUUCAAACCUGGCUCAAAAGGUAAAAAUGGCAAACCUGUAACUGCCACACCCUCACCCUGCCCAACUGAAACAGAGCAACCCACAAAAAACGCCUCCCCUGCCUCCUCCACCACCUCCAAACCCAUGGACCCCACCCUGAAGAACCAGAUCACCAAGAGGAAGAGGAACGUGUUGAUCAAGGAGAAGAAAGCAGCCCAGACUCUCAGCGCCAUCCUCCUGGCCUUCAUCCUCACAUGGACGCCGUACAACAUCAUGGUGCUCAUCUCCACCUUCUGUACCGAGUGUAUCCCCAUGUCUCUGUGGCACCUGGGCUACUGGCUGUGCUACGUCAACAGCACGAUCAACCCCAUGUGCUACGCCCUCUGCAACAAGACCUUCCAGAAGACCUUCCGCAUGCUGCUGCUCUGCCAGUGGAGGAGGAGGAGGAGAGGUGACGACAAGCUGUACUGGUGCGGACAAAACCAAAAUGUCAACAAUAAAAUGACUUGAUUAGCGACGCAAGAGCGUUUAGGCUAAUCAAUUUUUUUGUCACAGGCAGAUUUUCUUGAUAUACAUUCUGUAGUAAGUGGUAUUCAGCAUGAAGUGCUGCAUGUGAUUUUGCUGUGAAAGUACAUGUUGGUGGAAAAUUAGCUAAUGAAGCACUUAGCUGCUGCUCUGAAUGAUACCUACAGAAAAUAAAUAUCACAAAAGUGGCUGAAGAUUCCUACAUUGGUCAAAGAAUAUCCUUACAAAGGAAAACUGUGACUUUAAACAUCAUAUAAGUAAUUCACAUGUCUUGUGGAGUGCUAGCUACUCUGUGUCUGGCUACAGAAGGCGUCCAGGCCACGUCUGAUAAACUGCCUCAUGUGAUAUCACUAGAGUCAGCAUCACUUAAGGUAAAAGACUACAAGUCUGAACCUGACAAAACAUUUGGGAGUGUGGUGUUUGAGAGAACUUAGCUUGCUUGACCAAUGACAGCCACUGCUCAUCUCUGCAGGAGGCAGUUUGAGGCUAUAUCAGCAGCUACUAGCAUGACACAUCAGAAUCUCUGGCUACAUCAGUAAAUGAGUGCAAUGAGUUGCAUUGUGGGUAAUGUAGCCAAUGUGGCAGGUUUAAACAUGUGUGGAAUAAAAGAGACAAUGUGUGGUUCUGCUGUAUCCAUUUUGGAACUCUUCAUCAUGAGCCUAACAGUGUUACAGGAACUUCAUGCUAAAUCAGAGGCGCACUUCACUCGUACGCCACCUCUCACUUGUCAAUAUGUACAUUGAAAGAGUUAAUCACAGCUGUAAUCAUUCCCUCUCUCUAGACUGGCUGUAGAGGGUUCUCUUCUCACUAUAACAUGACUCCAGUGUCACGACUGAGAACAAAAUCUGCAGUUUACAGUACUCUGAUGUAAAAAAUAACUCGAGGGUCCCUCACCACUCAAACAUAGGUAUGCUUUAUUUGUUACUUUUCCACUCCACCUUUAACCCCAGUUUAAAUCAUGGACUCGUAAUUCCAUUUUGUGUUAUCACAACUAGUUUGGAAGUCAUUUGAGGUCUAAUGUCUAGUUUAAAACUUUCAAUUGCAGUACCUCAAGUUUCCACUCGAGGCUGGCUGCAAAACCACAGGAAAUCCAAUUUAACAGCCAUUUUAAAGUGCCCAUUUUCAAAGAAACAUUACAGCCUGGCUGCAAAAUGGUUCUGAUCUGAGUAGCACAUUUCUUUAUUCAUACACACUAUACAGGGGUUGAAUUUUUUUUAUUAUUUUUUAACAACUGUCCGUUUUGCAUGUAUUUGCAUGGUUAGGGUUUGAGUUGACAUAGAGGCGGGUUCAAUGUAACUGUUUGCUGGGAGGCUUAUGGCCCACUUCAGCUCCACCUUCUGAAUUGUGUCUAGGUUGACUGAAAGUUAGGUUGAGUGAGCAUUUCCAAUAUGGCGCCCACCUUUAAUUGGCUUUAAACUCCUCUUCAGAAACCAGUGAGUGACAUAACCAGACUAGAUCUAGUUUUUACACAGUCUAAGGUAUGUUUUUUUUUAUUUUCUAAGUUAUAUUUUUGGGGCUUUUAUAUCUUUAUUUAUAGAGGACAGGACAGUGGAUAGGUCAGGAAAGGGGGAGAGAGUUGGGGAUGACAUGCAGAAAAGGGGCCGUAGGCUGGAAUCUUACCCUGGCCGCCCACUAUAUGGGUGUGCAACUUAACUAUUAAAUCUGUGUCCCUAUGGUUUGUCUAUUGAUGCUCAACUUUUAAGAAAUAUAGAAUAAAUAUACACCAAAGUUGAAAGAAAAGAUUUCUACAAAGUGAUCUACACUUAGAGCCUCUGUACAGAACAUUUAAUUUGUGUCAGUUUUGGCGCCCCCUGUGGACAAAGUGGUAUUGCCUAUUUGACUUUGUCUUGUACAUGUAUAAGUACUUUCUUUCCACAAAAAAUCUCUUCCUGCUAAUUUCCACAGUCAAAUUUAUCUGGCUUUGAGAAUCUUUGACAUGGAAACAUAAAAAAGUUUGUUUUCGUCAGUGUGCUAUCGAUCACCUCGUCACAUCUCAGUGAAACCUACCCAGCAGCAGCUGUUUCAGGUUUAGAAAAAUACAAUAUAUAGUUCAUCCAUCUUGUCGCUGAUUGUCUUGUUUGUGUUUCAAAGUCAUAAAAGGGACAUCAGUAUUAAUAACAGUCUGUUUCAUAAGCGGCUCAACAUUCCUCACAGGAGCUUUAACUUUAUUAAAUGAAUCGUACAUAUUGUACUCUUUCAGAGAUAAAAGUCCCUUUGAUGAUUUUCCUGUUCAUUAACUCUGUCCAUUCUGUUAUCUUCGACACAGAUGCAAUAAAGCACUGUGUUUGCUUUUCCUUCCUAUCUCCAUGUUGUAUUUUGAGUAAACACAAGGCAAUGGGGAACCUGGGUAAUCAAUUACACCCUGAGUGCAUGCCUUUAAAACAGGAACAGGGAUGCAGCAAUGACAUGGGUGUUGGACUAACAACCUCAUGCCAGUACAUUUCUUAUAUUUCACAUCCUUUAGUGUGCAUGCUGUUUGAUACGCUGUGAAAAUUUGAAUCGAUAACUAAGAGCACUCAGUCUGACACUGGAGUCAUGAUAUAAAGAACUUUUCAGGGUGAAUGGAGAGGAGAAGAACGAUGAAUUCAUGUAUAAACUGUAAAAUCAUGUGGGUAAAAACUCUGGACCUGUCCUUCAAACCUCAAAUAUUCUUCUUUAUUCUACUCUUCACAUGCACUGUAUAUAAAGGACUUAUCUUAGGCUUGCACAGUUCAAAGUAAUUUAGAGUAUAAAAUACCAGUUUUCACUGAAAAUGUUGGAUUUGACACAUCACGAAUUGUAAAUGUAGAUUGCUUUGUGUAUAUCAGUGUUGAUUGAAUGUUUUCUCUUUUGUUGGCUUUUGCAAAUCAAAGUUGAUGUUGUGUUCAAGGGCUAAUCAGUACAUUUCAGUUGCAUUAGUUUCACAUAACAUUGAUUAUUAAUGGCUCACACCUCUUCCUGUCAUAUAACUCUUAAAAAAACAAACUUGGACACAUGGUAUUUGAAGCAACUUGUCUCUGAUGGACGAGUGCUGCUGUUGUAAAUUAUUGCACUUCUCUGUCUUUGAAUGAUGUAACGUCGGAUGUUAACUCUCUAAACUCUGUGCCUUCUGUCCUGCUCAGAGGCCAAAAGUGCUUUGUGAGUGAAUCUGUGCUCAUUGUUGGUCUGUGCAGUUCUGUGAAGGUGAGUCUACUGAGUGUACUGAUAAUGAACUUCAAAUACAAACUCGACAUGAACAUUUUCAACAUCCAGUCUGACUCCAACCUGAUUUGUGUUUGUAAAGUCUUCUUUAAGAAUGUUUCAAAUGAUUAGCUGCUCUGAUAUCUGAGAAAUAAAAUCAACACCACAUGUAUGAGAAA